AUUGUUUGUUUACAAAAACAUGCCAAAACGAGUUCAGUCAAAACACCGAGAUCGCGUCACUUCCUGGUGUAACAUAAGUAAAACUAUAAAGUAAACCAGUAAGUACUUCUCGGUUUUAAAACCUCCGGAUAGUCGUUUCAUUACACGUAUAUAUGGUGAAAUUUCAUAAAGGGGAGUUUUAUGCAACCAAGACACCUUUUUAAAACUUGAAGUGGAUUAAAACGGCUUUAAAUCAAGCUUCAAAUGACAUGGAUGCUGAUAAUACAACAAACGUUACGAACGUUAACGGUUCCUCGGGGUCAUCGGUUUUACCGGUAUAUCUUCAUGAUGAGAAAUAUGUGGUGCAAAUAAACGAUUUUGUUUUCGACAAAGUGUACAUACCAAGUUUCAUCUACACCAUUGUUAUGCUUGUAAUAGGCUGUCUAGGAAACCUGAUCGUUUUCUACAUUUAUUUUACCCGCUGGAGGAAAACCACUUCCAGGGUAUUCAUCUUGGCCUUGGCUGCGUUCGAUUUGAUAAACUGUUUCAUCACAACUCCAACGGAGCUCUAUUUCAUGCUCAACUGGUUUCAAACCACCAAUAGUGUUUUGUGUAAAUUCUCGCGCUUUUUGACGUUUAUGAUGAACAACUGCUCCUCUUUUACACUUCUUGGAAUAGCGGUUGAUCGCUAUAUGAGUAUUUGCCGACCUCUCAAAAAACAGAUGUCUACGAAACAAGCCAAAAUGAUCGUGUUUGUGGGUGCCUUCAUCGCUAUCCUGUUUGCUUGGCCUGCGUUAGUCGUGUACGGUAUACAAACGGUUCCAGCACCCUUAAAACCCCCAAUCUAUGUCGUCGGCCAUGUUUGCCUGAUUGAAGACUCGUACGUAAAAACUGACUAUCCUUUGGCAUUCGUCAUAGUUCUUCUGACAGGUAACCUGUCAAUUGACGUCACUCUAAUCACAUUCUACAGCCUGAUCGGUUAUCAGGUAAUCAAGAGAGGCUCGGGUUUUCUAUGCAAAGUGACAGACGCGGGGAGGAAGUUAAGUCAAAGCAACAGUCAGUCUCACACCGAGGACGUCUUCAUUGACGACAAAAGCUCCGGGAAAAGUCCCUCAAUCUUAAAGAAAUUCGCGAACAACCAUGGAAAUAGUAUGGAGAAGUCCGACAGCGACGAUGAGACGAAGGGUCUGAACUCCAGUACAAAGCGGUCCAUCAAAGCGACAAAUAGCAACACCGCUGCUGAGAAGCGCGCGAAAUAUAAUAGACAGCGAUCAAUGUCUGUUCAAAGCGAAGAGGUCCGGCGGGCCAGAAUGAUCAAGAUCACCGUGAUGUUGUUUGCAGUGACGCUCCUGUUUAUGCUCUCUUUUAUCCCGUAUUGCGUCAUAGUUAUUAUUAGAUAUAUAAACCCUCCGUACUACUUUACUCUGUCUUACACUGGAAAGGCUGUUUAUCACUUUGUCUUGAGAUCUUACCUACUUAGUAUGUCUAUGAAUCCCAUCAUUUACAGUUUUAUGAGCCAAAAAUUCAGAGAAGAGUGCAGAAACUGCUUCCUGAAAAUGAUACGAGUAGUAAAAUCAAGAAACUAGGGCUUUUGGGAUGAUCUAAAUGUACAUAGACAGAAACCAUCUGUAUAAAUGUACAUAGACAUGUUUGUAAUGUUCCCAUUAAAAAUGUUUCAAAUUUCAUGUACAUAGACAUGUGUGUACCCAUUAAAAAUGCUUCAAAUUUCAUGUACAUACUACAGUGAAGUCGCCAAUUC